AUAUAUGAAUAUUAUAUAUAUAAAUAGUAUAGUAUACGGCACAUGUGAAUAAAUCGCAAGUGAAUAGAAUUAUAAAUGAUACAUGCAUACAUAUAUCACGCAGAAUUUGAAGAAAAACAAAAGCGCGUGCAAGAGCAAAACAUAAAAAUAAAUUAAUAUCUAUGCUUAUUUCACAUGCCAGGCCAUAUACCGUAUCUGAGUGUGUGUGAGAGCGCGCGCGUGUGUGUGUGUGUGUGAGUAAUAGCCAAGAGAACUAGCGAGCGAUCUAAAAAAACGAAAAACAGAAAUAAAACAACAAAAUACAAAAAAAAAAAAGAAACGAAAAUUACGCGAACAAAUCCAAGAUAAAAAAAAUAGAAGAAGAAGCAACAACAACUAUAACAAUUGACAACGAGCUAAGAACAAGCGCAAAGCAACAAACCAAAAAUAGGCGCAGCUAACGACGACGCCAGCGUCAACGCGUAUGUGCCGAGCAUAAUUAAACGACACACGAAGAGCGUAUCUAUAAAGUUAAUGAAUAAACACAUAUCUAUACGAAUCACAACGACGACGACGACGACGACGACGCGAAACCCAUAACGACGAUAUUUAAUCUAAAAAAAACUUGGAAGAGAGAUACCGAAUUAGCUGGCAAAAAAGCAAAAGAGUGUGAAGGCAGUUUAACAAAAGCUGAACAGCAACGAAAACCAAACAAAUUAUUGGAUCAAUUUUAUAUUGCAUUAAAAGACCACGCUAAUACUUAUAAAAGGAAUAAAUAUUAUUUGUCUUGCAUAUAAGACUACGAAAGCCAAUUAAGCCUAGAUAAUUGUAUUAAAGUGAAGCAAAUACAAACAAAAUAUAACAAAAAGAAAAAAGAAAAGAAUUGUGAUAUGUACAACUUUACUCAAAUAUUGAAAAAAACAUAUAUAAGCGUUUAAUUCAAGUAUUCCGAUCUUCAAGGAGACACAGACGGAUACGUGAUUAAUUCAAGUUUUUCAAAAAAAAAAAAAAAAACAUUAACAAAAACCAAAGAUAAGGGUUCUCAAUUAGUUUAACGCAGAAGCAGAAGAAGAAGAAGCAGCAACAAUGGCAGAAAAAGUGGAAAUCUCAGCAGCCACAUUUAAUAAUAAUCAACAGAAUGAUGCUCGAAAGGUGCGCAAAUCGCCCGAUUUUCAACCCAUAAUGCCAGGUGUCAUAUCCAGAGAGCGCAGCUUUGUGCGCACCUCAAAUCAACAGAACAUUAACAAAAGGCGCAGUCUGGCGUUCAACGUGCCUGGAAAUCAGCCUGGACAAAUGCGUGGCAAGCCCGCAAUGGAUAUAUACAGACCUCCAAAUGUGCGCGACUCCGAGGUAGCCAGCGAUGCUGCUGCUGGUGGCACAGGUGGCACAGUUGGUGCUGGUGGUGGUGGGUGUGUCUCGAACAAACUGAACAUAAAUGCCCAGGAGUUCACAAUGACGAGCAACACACGUGCAACGCCAGCGGCUGAGGCACUUAACAAGCUAAACCACAAUCUACAACAUUCUUCCAGUUCGUCCCUCAUCUUCCCAAUGGCUGGCGGCGGGCCUAAUCUUCUCCAGCAGCAACAGCAGCAACAGCAGCAGCAGCAGCAGCAAUAUGCGAUCCUCAACAGACGCCAGGCGGGCCUAUCGCUGGGCAACAUGCCCGCACUGAACAGCCUCAAGGGUGGCCAGCAUCGUUCCAUCUUGGUGACGCAUCCGAUGGCUGGACAAAUACCGCUCAUGAAUUCACCAUCCAGCGGCAACAUACUUCACUCGACGAACCGUGUCAAGUUCGCGCCGGAGACGCGGGCACAGAAGUCGGCGCAGCACAAUCAGUACGGCAACAAUAACAAUAUGAAUCACUACCAUAAUGGACAGCAACAGCAAUAUCAAGUGAAUGGCAUCGAUCCUUAUCAAAAUGGAGCCGCUUUGCAGCGCUCCAAGUCGUUGUCCUCGGCCGAUGCGCUGACACGUGGCUUGGCCGGCUUGGGUCUGGGCCUGGGCAACGAGGUGGCCGACAUUGGCCAGUUUACGCCGGAAAUACAGGCACUGAUCGAAACGGCUCUGGAGGAUCCCAACAAAUUGAAUUCCCGCUGCCUCAUGGAGCUGACGUCACAGUUCAUCAAGCGCGCCGUCGAGAGUCGACGCUUCGCCUUGCCCAUAUCGCGUCUCUGCCUCAAUAUCAUCGCCAAGGAGCAGAAGGAGACGUUUCUCGAGGCGCUGCUCAACACAUGCCGCCAGUGGUAUCAGGAGCGCGAAAAGCUGCUGUUCGCCAUUCAGGGCAUGAAGUCGCCGUCGCGGGUUCGCUUUACGGCUUUCAUGGCAUUUCUUACGGAAAUGUUUUGCCAGCUGAAACGCCGUCAGCUGCAGCUGCGCACCCACAGCGAGGGCACCCCACCACCGCUGGUGCUGCUCAGCCUGCUGUCCAAGUGCUGCGAGGAUUGUGUGCGUCCUCCCGUGCGUUCCCUAUCCGAGAUUGAGUGCCUGUUCUAUGUUUUGACCUGCAUUGGCCAGGAUAUGGAGCAGCAGCUGCCGCAGCAGCUGGAGCUGCUCAUGUCCCUGGUGCGCGAUGCGUUCCUCAAUGCCGGCGAUGCUGCCGCCUCCAUACGCCGAACCCUGCUCCAGCUGAUCGAGCUGAAGGCCUCCCACUGGCAGUUGCCCGGCAACUCUGUGCUCUACUACACCCACACCAACAAUUAGUUCGGGCUCGGUACGGGAUUUGAGAAUCGGACGCAAUUUGUUGCAAUAAGUAACCAGACAUUAUUAUUGUGGUCGAAUUGCAUUUAGGCGCAGUCCUCAGUGCAAAACGCAACUAUUUAUCGUACUCCGCGCAGUACCAUAGUCCAUAAGCAAUAUUUAUUUUCGGAACCCUAGAUAGAUCGACUAACACCCAGGCAUAAUAAUUAUACACGCACAUUUCUACCAGCCCAAUUCGGCGACAUUUGUGGAAAGCAGCUCAUUUACAAUCACGCGUCCCACUCUGGUAGAACUUAUGAUUCUGCCUAUGUAAGGCUCAAUUUAUACUAUGUGAAUCCAUAUUAUUUAUGUGUAAUAAAUACUACUACUAGUCAAAAAAA